AUGACAGAUGCUAAAGUAGGGAAGAUUUCUGGGGAUCCAAUUAAGAAGCUUAUCUAUAAGUUAAAGCUGGUGAAGCAGGUAGUGAAGAAGUGGAAUAAAGAUAAAUUUGGUUCUGUAUUCGAACAGGUUAUUGGAUGCAGGAAUUCUCUCGCAGAUACACAGAAAUUGUUGUACACUGAUCCAUUAAAUGAAGAUUUUAUCAAGCAAGAGGAGGAAGGAAGGUGGAAGUUGGAGGCAACUAUUUCUAAUGAAGCUGUGGCGCUUGCUCAAAAAUCUAGAGUUAGAUGGCUGAAGGAUCAAGAUAGGUAUUCUAAGUACUUUGUUCAGAAAAUCAAGCAACAUAGAAAUAAUAAUAAUGUCACAGUUUUACAUGAUGAGGGUGAGGUGAUUACGGAUACAACUAGGAUUAAGGACAAGUUUGUUGAGUAUUAUAAGUCUGCUUAUGCCAAUGCUCAACUUGUUUCUUGUGAGCCUGAAGCUAAAUACAUCAGAAAUUCUUUAGUUGCUGAGGAAGUGAAUAGAUUAGAAGAUACUGUUUCAAGGGAGGAAGUGCAAAGCAUUGUUUUCUCUAUGGGUCCUGAUCGAGCUCCUUGUCCUGAUGGUUUCGGUGCCAGAUUUCUUCAACAAUUUUGGAGCAUUGUGGGUGAUCAAUUCUCAGAUGCUAUCAUUCAUUUCUUUGAUCAUAUUGAGACGUUAUCAAGGUUUUUCAUUCUUAAAGAAUUGCUGGGGGAGAAAAUAAACUCAAAUGGAUGUCUAAUUUCAGCUUUAAAGCUGCUUGGGAGGCAUGCAGAAGUCCAAAUCAAGCGUUCAGGUGAAGGUGUCAACAAUGGUGGCGGUGGUGGAAGGCAAUGA